UAAACCGGAAGUUUACUAAUAUGGCGGGCAAUGAUGAUGUUUGCAAACUAGCAUUUGAUGGACAUUUGGAAAUUUUGAAACAAAAACUAAGAGACAACAAUGACCUGGCAACAAAGGUCGACGAGACGAACCGGAUGCCACUGCACUGGGCAGCGUCUGCAGGCCACCUAGUUAUUGUGGAAUGUCUGUUCAAAUACAAUGUCCCUGUAGAUGCUAGAGAUGAGUCCAAUUGGUCUGCACUGAUGAUAGCCUCCUCAGCAGGAAGGGACCAGAUUGUCUCCCUUCUCCUGGGAGCUGGAGCUCAAGUUAAUGCCGUCAACCAAACAGGCCAAUGCUCCCUCCACUAUGCAGCCUCAAAGAAUAGAUAUGAGAUUGCCGAGAUGCUGUUACAGUAUGGGGCUGACCCUAACAUUGCCGACAGAUACCUACACACUCCUCUACACAGGGCUGCGUCCAAAGGUCAUGUCAAACUGACUAAACUCUUACUCCAGUAUAAUGUGGAUGUGAAUGCCAGGGAUUCCGAGGGAAAUACCCCAUUACACUUGGCUUGUGAGGAGGAGAGGACUGAAGUUAGCUUGCUGCUAGUGGGACAUGGUGCACAAAUACAACUCCUCAACAAGGAAGAGAAAUCACCUCUCGACUUAGCAAAACCAGGACUUCAGCGAUCUCUUCAAAAUGCCAGUCAAAGCUAACAGUAACUCUUUCAUGGCACAUGUGCACAGUGUUGUCAGGUGUACAAAUAACUGAGACUGUUUUUGACCGACGACAGCCAAGGACCUUGUGAAUAUCUUGAGAUACAAAGAUGUUGUAACAUUUGUUCUGAGUAACAUUACUCGUGUUCAUGACCAGCACAGCAAGGUGCUUUACCUGAUACUUUUAUUUACAGAUGUUAUUGCUAUAUUUGUUCCUGUGAUACAGCAUUGGGAAUCACAGGUAUUGUUGUUGAUCAAGCAAAAUAGGUUUUGAUGAAAUAAAAAAAGUAAAAAUGUCA